ACAGACAUACUCUCAUAUCCUUUUUUGUAGUUUUACUGUGGGCCUUAUUGGCCUGAUGCUCAACAAGUCAUCCAGAAACCACUUGUGUUGGAAAUAACUGCUUAGUUUGAGUUUCUCAGCAGACUCAUUCUGUGUUGAGGGAAGAUCGCGCUCUGGUUUGCAUGGUUCCAACUGAGCAUUUGAAGAUGAUGCGAUUGCUGUUCCUGUGUCUGCUGCUGCUGCUGCCAGCUGCUACUGCUUUUUCAGAAGAGGAUGAAGGAUCAGCUGAUGGAGGUCUGGAAAAUGACGAUGAGGACUUAAACGGACCUUUAAAACAGAUUCCAGAUGUUUUCACUGCAGAUUAUCCUGGCUCACUCUCAGAUAAAGCUACAGGUGUAGAAGGGUCAGAUCAGUUGACCAUGAUUAUCAUCAUUGUAGCUGUGACCGCAUUGACUCUCUCAGUUGCAGCGGUAGUCGUCAUAAUGUUAGUAAGACGCCGCAUGCACAAAAGGCAACAAGGCAGAGCAGGACCAGAAAGGGGCCGUCUAGUUCCUGGUGGAGUAGGAGUCCUAUAACACACAGACAAGAUGAGCAAUGCACCGGGAUAUGUCAUCUCCUACUCUUUGACUCAGGACAGUUACACUUCUUUGCACAAUAGCCUGCUUCGUACUAUUCAGUUAAUUGCUCCUGCACAAUAUCUUAUCAGUACAUAUGCAAUAUGUGUUUUUUUUUUUUUUACUGUUUUUUACUUUUGUCUUUGUCUCAGCCGUUUCUACUCCACAUACACACAAUUUAGCCUGGGACACUUGGAACACAUUCAAACCUUCUAAUUGGAUUCUAUUUGAGGAAUCCAAAUCAAAGCCGGAGAAUAUGGCUUAAAGCUUCUUUUGUUAAAAGGGAUAAUUUAGCACAGCCAGAGCUCCCCCUUUUUUUACUACCUGAAAAAAGAAAUUAUUCCCACCAGCUAUGCAGUGAAACUGUAUUUGCGUUUGAUUUGGUGCAUGUGGAACAGACCUAUCUGUGUGAAAUGGUUGAUGAGAAACCAUGCUAAUCCACACUAAGCCAGCCCAGUGCUCACUUCAUUCCCCUGUUCACUUGUCUGACAUCUUCUGUUCCUGCCCCAUUAGGAGUGACAAGAGGCAGUGCAAUAGGAAGAUAAAAAUCUGUUCCCCCUCGUCUCAACCUCAGAAAAAAAGAAAUAAGUGGAAAUAGCCAAUGUGAACAUGUUCUUGCAAGGCAGCAAAUUAAUCGACCGCCAUGAAUGAUGAUGUUUUCUUUUCCCCCUCUCUUUUUCGUUUUGAAAGGCUUUCACUUUAGUCUUGCAGAUUGUAAAUAGCUCUCUGAAUGCUGUAGAGAGUUAGAUUAAUGCCUUACACACUGGCAGUGAGAUGCUGGGUGUGAGGGAGGGAUAAAAUCUCCCGAAUCAAAUAAAGUGUUGGGUAUGAUUGGGAAAAUACCAAUAAUGCCUCUGUUUCAUUCAUACGGCGCAUGAUGGCUUCUCUGUUUUCAUUUAAAUGGAAAUCAAUCAUGCCCUGUGAAAGAAAGCUUUCUAUCAAAGAACCCAAGGCACUAGUUCCCUUAUUUGUACUAAUGGCAAAAGGCAAAGGUUAGAGGGGAAGGGGACAUGCUCCUGUUCGACAUGAGCAUUUCAGUUGUGGCUUUAUGAGGCGCAUAUAUGUUAACGACACUAGGAGUGGCUACAUGGGGUUAAACACUGGAUUUUUCAAAGGAGGAUCUCACUUUGCUCUUCCACUAAAUCUUGCAGCUAAUCUCGCCACUGGGGGCAGGGCUUGGCUCAAAUCCAACCAGAGAGCAUAAACAGUUGUGCAGUCAUGUCUUCAUCAGGGCCUAUAGUAGCUAUAGGUCUGUGCUGAAGGAUCGUCUUAAAAAUGAUGCAUCCCAGGAUCCCAGUUUAUUUAACACAAACAAAUUGGCAGAAAUGAUUAUUGUUUGUGCCUUUGUUUUACUGUUUGUAUUUGAACACUGUAUAUACAGUUUCUGUUACUUCUCAAAAAAAAAUGUAGCAUUGCCCAAUAAAUCUUCAAUAUGUGUCAGCAUUUCAAAGGGAGGACAAUUGGACCAAAAUUGCAGUACAAAACAUUUCAGUUUUAAAUGUCUGUAGUCUACAUAUUCAUAUUUACUCAUAUUCAUUAUUUCUGCUGGACAAAUAAACCACAAUGAAAUAACAUCAGCUGCAGAGUAUUCUCUUUGAAUGCUUUUUCCAAAAUGUAGAGAGAAAAAAAGACUCAGCAUUUGGUCCAGCCAAGCUCUUCUCUAUUAUUCCCUCCUGUAAAGCAUCUCUGCUGUGACACUACUUAUGUAAAUGUAACAAAAUGUAGCCGUUUCUUCCUCAACGACAUAUAUAUGUGAAAAGGUUACGCUUUUUUUUUUUUUCUUUUAUCAACUGGCUGAUUCUGUAUCUGUCCAGACAAAGUAUGGUGGCCCUGAGAGCUCAACGCACUGCAACCUGAGAAAAGUCAUGCAAAGAAACAAAACACAAUCAAAUAAAGAAGUAUGUUUGAAAACAAAUGCGCAGCAUUUAAAAAAAUUGAGAAAACAAAACAAAAUUCCUCUCAAGGGCACUGUACUAUAGGCAUUGUCAGACUCUAUGCAUUUUUUUAUAUAUAAUAUAUUGUAUGUAUUUGCUGAGCUAUGCAUUUGAAUUGUGGACUCAAUGAAAAAUAUUGUAUUUGGCUAAAUGGUCUUUUUUGAUAUAUACUUGUUAAAUUUAAGGGGUGAUGUCUUCUCUCCACUGUUCAUUCAUAAAUUGGGUGCAAAACAAAGUUGCGGUGGUGGGAGUCAGUUAUUUGCCAAAAAAUCUUUAAAUAUUUGUAUUUUAGGGUCAUAUUUCAACAAAAACUUUUAAAUUUGGACUUAAAGUUCCAGUAUGUAACAUUUAGGAGGAUCUAUUGCCAGAAAUG